CCCAAUUUAGUCCGAGGACAGGAGACCCGCUCCCGGCGCUUCACGGAUACAGUUGUUUCUUUUAGGGCUUUCUGCUCCGUCUUUCGGCUCAAAUACGUGGUGACAUUUACGUUUUCACCAUCCAAGUGGAAGCUGAGUGGCAUGAAGAUCCGGAGGAAGCUUUGAGUCCUCGGGAGGAGAAAGCGUCCGCCGGUGCCAACAGGGCAGACAGCCGCUGCUCUCAGUGCUUCUGUGUGGCGGGACAUCACAGGGAGCUGGACGCGGACAGCUCGCUCUUUGCUCCUGUAUGUCGCCUCGGAUAUAACAGCACAGCGGCGAGAUGGAUCUGAAGCUGAUCUUCAUUGCAUUUAUAGGACUCUUUUCCUGCUGUAACGCUCAGAAAGAGGGGAACGAGUGCAUCAACAAAAAUGCCAAACACUGCGGAGAGUGCAUCCAGACCGGAGCCAAAUGUGGCUGGUGUACAGACCCGAACUUCCUGAAACAGGGCGAGACCGUGUCAAGUCGGUGUGACGAGCUGCAGUCGCUGAUAAAACGGGGCUGCAACAAAACAUUGAUCGAGAACCCACUGGGCAAACAGGAGAUUCUCAAGAACAAGUCGGUGACCGAUCGCAGCAAAGCCAAAGGAAAAUUGAGACCAGAGGAAAUCACUCAGGUCCAGCCCCAAAAAGUCAGCCUCACUCUCCGAUCUGGUGAGCCACAGUCCUUUGAGCUGAAGUUUAAGCGUGCAGAAGAUUACCCCAUAGACCUGUACUACUUGAUGGACCUGUCCUUCUCCAUGAAGGACGAUCUGGAGAACGUAAAGAACCUGGGGACCAGUCUGAUGUAUGAGAUGUCGAAGAUUACAUCUGACUUCAAGAUAGGUUUUGGCUCCUUUGUGGAAAAGACAGUCAUGCCUUACAUCAGCACCACUCCGGCCAAGCUGCUGAAUCCAUGCACAGGCGACCAGAACUGCACCAGCCCGUUCAGCUACAAGAACGUGCUGCCGCUGACUGAUAAUGGCUCCACUUUCAACAGGCUGGUGGGGGAGCAGCAGAUCUCGGGGAACCUGGACUCCCCCGAGGGCGGCUUCGACGCCAUCAUGCAAGUGGCCGUGUGUGGGAAACAGAUCGGCUGGAGGAACGUGACGCGCCUACUGGUGUUUUCCACUGACGCCGGAUUCCAUUUUGCUGGCGACGGGAAGCUGGGUGGCAUUGUGCUGCCCAACGACGGGAAAUGCCACCUCGAGAACAACGUCUACACCAUGAGCCACUACUAUGACUACCCCUCAAUCGCUCACCUGGUGCAGAAGCUGAGUGACAACAACAUUCAGACUAUUUUUGCCGUCACAGAAGAGUUCCAGCCCGUUUACCAGGAACUGAAAAAUCUGAUACCAAAGUCUGCAGUGGGCACGCUGUCUGCCAACUCGAGCAACGUCAUCAACCUUAUCAUAGACGCUUACAAUGCUCUUUCCUCUGAAGUGAUUCUGGAGAACACCAAAGUUUCAAACAACGUGACAAUCGAGUACACGUCUCGCUGUAAGAACGGAGUGAUCAAUAAGGGCGAAAAUGGGAGGAAGUGCUCCAAUAUCUCCAUAGGAGAUGAGGUCCACUUUAACAUCAGCAUCACUUCUAAAGGUUGUCCAAACAAAACCAAUCCUGAGAUUAUCAAGAUAAAGCCCCUGGGAUUCACAGAGGAGGUGGAGAUUAUCCUCAACUUCAUUUGCGAGUGCGACUGCCACAGUGAAGCUAUUAACAACAGCCAGGUCUGCAGCAACGGGAACGGGACGUACGAGUGCGGAGCCUGCAGGUGCAAAGAUGGUCGCGUGGGCCGGGAGUGCGAGUGCAGCAGCAACGAAGUGUCCACGGAGGACAUGGACCGGACCUGCCGCAAGGACAACGGCACCGACAUCUGCAGCAACAACGGGGAAUGCGUGUGCGGCACCUGCGAGUGCAAGCCGAGGGAGAACCCGGAGGAGAGGUACAGCGGGCAGUUCUGCGAGUGUGACAACUUCAACUGCGACCGCUCUGGAAACAAACUCUGUGGAGGACACGGGCGCUGCGAGUGCAGAAAGUGCAUCUGUGACCCCAUGUGGAACGGAACUGCCUGCGACUGUUCCCUGGACGAGAGCACGUGUUUGGCCAGCAACAAGCAGAUCUGCAACGGCAGGGGACGCUGCGAAUGCGGCAUCUGCAAGUGCGACGACCCCAAAUUCCAGGGCCCGACGUGCGAAUCGUGUCCCACCUGUCCUUCAGCCUGCGCUGAACACAAAGAGUGCGUGGAGUGCCGGGCGUUUGGCACUGGGGUGAAGAAAGACACGUGUGAGAAGGAAUGCAGUGACUUCACCAUGCAUAAAGUGCCGACCAAAGACAAGAUUCCCCAGCCCACCGACAAAUCCUACCCAAUCACACACUGCAAGGAGCGGGACGCCAACGACUGCUGGCUCUACUACGCCUACACCGUCACCAGCACCACGGAGAAGGUGGUCUACGUGUUGGAUGAGCCGGACUGCCCCACGGGCCCGGACAUCAUCCCGAUUGUCGCGGGCGUGGUCGCCGGCAUCGUCCUGAUCGGCUUGGCGCUGCUGCUCAUCUGGAAGCUCCUGAUGAUCAUCCACGACAGGAGAGAGUUCGCAAAGUUCGAGAAGGAGAAGAUGAACGCCAAGUGGGAUACGCAAGAAAACCCAAUUUACAAGAGUCCAAUCAAUCAGUUCCAGAACCCAAACUAUGGACGUAAAGGCGCUGUCCUUUGAGGUGAAAAUCCAAUCUACAAAAGUGCCGUCACAACUGUGGUCAAUCCGAAAUACGAGGGCAAAUGAUGGCCCCGGCGGUCCUUCCUGAACUCUGACCCCACCUCUGCAACAGCUGCAGUCAAACACCAGCCUGUCCGGCGGGAGCGAAUGGCGGAAAAUUUGUGCGUUCGUCUUCGUUGCUUCAUCGUAGCAUUGUAUCACUCAGCCACUGCGUCCUGUUUGUUGUUACUAACACGUACAAUUUAUACCCCAUGUGUCGUAUUUUUGAUGUACAGUAUGCGGUCUUUGUACAUACUUGCAAGCGUCGCGUUUUUGUUUUCUGCUGACGGACCGGUCCAAUUUGAAGCCUACGGAUUUAGAAAGACUUCUCCAGCUCGUGUUUCUUAGCAGUCAAGCCUCCUGUUUAACGCGUCACUGUUGCUGCACUUCGUGUCCCGUGCGUCUGUGUAUAUUUAGAGAUCGACUGCAAUAAGGUAUUCUGAACAACGUCUAGCAGAAUUCAGUACAACUCGGACAGUAGGAGCGAAUAAAGUGGUUGUAAAUGUAGUUUUGAAUUUGCUAAUGAUUUUAGUUGUUUUUUUUAAAGGGUUUUUUGCACUCUUUCAGAGCGCUGAUCUAAUAUGAAAGUCAAAACACAAGACAGAUAUGAAGUAUUUUACUUGGAGUGUUGACAUGGCGCGCUAACGCCAAAGGAUUGUAUACCACUUGUUAAAAACAACGGAGUCACAGCAAUGCCGAACAAUCAAGAAAUUUCUGCAGUUAUAUGAUAAUGAGAUUCAGCUCUGAUGUAAUCAAGUUUUGUUUUCUGCAUUUUUUUUAAUCCUCAGGUCCCAGGUGUUUUCUUAUCAAUUUGUUUCUGUGCCAGUUUUAUUAUUCACACUGAAUGACUGAAGAUGCCGCACGAAUCACCUCAAAAGUGUGCUCACACCCAAAUGCCUCUAAACUACAACACAGGGCCUUUCAAAUAUUGCUUUUAAAGUGCCUUUUUUUAUUUUAUUUUAUUACCAUGUUUCCCCCCAGUGCUGUUCACAAGAUAUUUAUUAAAUACCAAAAAAAACCUUG